CGCAUGCAUGGUUCUGUCGUUCUCCGGAUUAUUACACAAUCUAUCGGGUGUAUUUACUAAGGUCCCCGUCCUACGGAAAAUACCGCGGAUUUCUAACGCCAAGUGACCAAACCCCAGGCAACUGUGUUCAUCGCGAAACCCGUACAAACAUGGAAAUGGCACUCGAUAAUCUUUCCUCGGCCCAGAAGGACGAGCUCAUGAGCCAGGUCAAGCAGCAGAUCGCGCUGGCCAACGCACAGGAACUGCUGACCAAAAUGACCGAAAAAUGCUUCAAGAAGUGCAUCUCCAAGCCGGGCACCGAGUUGGACAGUUCGGAGCAGAAAUGCAUCGCCAUGUGCAUGGACCGGUACAUGGACUCGUGGAACCUGGUGUCCCGGACGUACACGAUGCGCAUCCAAAAGGAGCAAUACAAGGGGUAAAACGGCUCACGCGAAAGCCAGCAGCGGAAGCAUUUGUGCAUUAGAAAAUAAAACAUUUAAUCUAAAACUGUUAAAAAGCCAAUAAACCUAAAGAGCUAAUCUUACAUUCAGUAGUCGUGUAAAAAGAGUGGGCAUCAUAAAAUACAAUUAGAAUGUGCAGACAAA